CUAAAAUCAAGAUAAACCGAUUGUUAUCAUGAAUAAAAUCUGCUUACCGUAAACCUUUCGGGAUUUUCACAUUUCAGUUUUCGCCUUUCCGGGGCCUGGGCUUUUCCAGCAUUAUAUAAUAACUCAUUAUAAAAAGAAAAUCGUUAAUUAUUAUCACUGUUUACUGCCUAGUAGCUAGUGCCUACAAGCGACAUGAACAAAUUUGGUUAACACUAUACCUACCAGAAUUGUAAUUGUUUGAUUUUGUUUUUUUCUUUAAUUUAUUGAAUAGUUAUUUAUCUUUUUUGUAAUUCAAUUUUAAAUUAAUACGUUAUUUAAUUUUUAAAUUGUGUGUUUAGUUAUGUAGUGAAUAUUUUAAAAUGGAUACAAGUAACGAUUAUUUAUUAGCUCUACAGUUGCAAAACGAGUUGAUUGAUCUCACCGAUAUCGAAAGUACUCGAGGAAGUGCCUCCUAUAAUGAUUCGAUUGCAUCUACAUCCUCAUCCAGUUUUACUGCAAUAAUUGAUUUAACGAAAUCAGAAAAGACUAUAGGUAAAAAAAAAAAAACUGUUAACAUUUAUACUUCUCCACCAAAACGUUUACGUUAUCAAGCUGCAGUGGCUAAAGAUAGUAUAGUGAAUCAUUCUUGGGAAACAUUAGAUCCAAAUCCAGAUAUACAUGGUUUGUUUCUAGCAUUCAAUCGACAAUAUUUUUGGGGUACUUUAGAAACUGUAAUGAUACAGUGGAGCAAGAGGAUGACAGUCUGUGCUGGUUUAUGCAGAUUUCAACAUGGAUUUUGUUCUAUAAGUCUUAGCGAGCCAUUGCUCAAACUUAGACCUCGUAAAGAUUUAGUUGAAACAUUAUUACAUGAAAUGAUACAUGCUUAUUUGUUCCUUACCAAUAGCAGGGAGCAUAGAGAUAGAGAUGGACACGGAGCAGAGUUUUGCAAGCACAUGUAUAGGAUCAACAUUCAAGCUGGUACUAAUAUCUCAAUUUAUCAUAAUUUCCACGAAGAAGUAAAAUCAUAUAAACAACAUUGGUGGAGAUGUAAUGGACCAUGUAAAAGUAUUAGGCCAUUUUAUGGGUAUGUAAAAAGAAGUAUGAACCGUGCACCAGGACCAAAUGAUAGAUGGUGGGUUAACCAUCAAACUACUUGCAGUGGACAUUUUAUCAAAGUUAAAGAGCCUGAAGACUAUGGUGCAAAGAAAAAAACAGCUAUUAAACAGCCUAUUCCUAAACAAUCAGUUAAAUCUGCUAAUAAAAUCACAAAUUUUGUUAAGAUAUUAGAUACAAAAAAAGUCACCGAGGAGAAUUCUAAAAUUAAAAAAUCUACAGAUAAUGAUCAACAAAAAACCCAGGAUGACCCAUAUAUAGGCAAUGAUGAUGAUAUAACUUUAUGUCCUGUUUGUAGUGAUCCUGUGUUUAGAGAUUUUUUGAAUAGCCAUUUGAAAAAUUGUAGUCAAUUGAAACAGAUGUUCGGUGAUGAAAUUGAUGAAAUGAAAGGUAAAUGCAAAUGCCUAGUUUGUAAUGAAACAGUUGAUAGAUCCUUAAUGGAUACACAUUUAGAUGGUUGCAAAAUGUUGAUUAAUGUAUUUGAAAAUGACUUUGAAAGUCUUUCUGAUGAAAAUAAUUGCAUAAAUUGCCCAAAUUGUGAUAAAUUGGUUAAAGAAAGCAUUAUAAAUGAACAUUUAGAUAUUUGUAUUUCUAGUUGAAAAAAAUCAAUUAAAUUGUUCUAGCUGUAAAAUUGCCUUUGACAGUAUUAUAGAACUAGCCAACCAUAUUGAUAAUUGUAUUU